AUGGCCAGCAACGCCGAGAAAGGCAGUCCUAGUAGCAUUGGCAAUGCGCCAUCAAGUAAUCCAUUAUCACGUAAAUUAAAUAAAAUAUUAGAAACACGAUUGGAAAAUGAUAAGGAUAUUUUAGAAGCAUUAAAUGCUUUGUCCGGAUUUUUUGUACGUAAUGACCUGAGAUCAAGAAGAAAUCUUCGUAGUGAUAUCGAAAAGAGGAGUUUAGCCAUCAAUGAACAGUUUGUCGAUGCAUUUGGCAAAGUGUAUACGAGUUUUAAUACAUUACGAAGUGAAAUUGAAGCCAUGAAUGAAAGCUGCAACCAAAUGACAGAAAGACUAAUGGCUGCAAAAUCAGAAACAUCGGACCUUAUCACUAAAACUUCUAAAUUACAUAAUGAAAAGCAACAGCUGCAGAUGAGAGCCAGGUUAGCCAAUCUUUUCUUAGAAAAAUUUCAGUUAAGUCCUUCCGAAAUCAAAAUCCUUCAUGGAUCUCGCAAUGAUCCUAUUAAAGAGGAAUUCUUCGAUGCUUUAGAUCGUGUAAAGCAAAUUCAUAAUGAUUGUAAAUUACUCUUACGGACGAGUCAACAAACAGCUGGGCUUAAGAUUAUGGAAUCUAUGGCUUUAAGUCAAGAGGCAGCAUUUGAAAGGCUUUAUCGCUGGACUCAAUCCGAAUGUCGUAUGCUAACUGGGGAUACGACCGAAGUUUCUUCUAUGCUUACCAAAGCCAUGGAAGCCUUACAGGAUCGGCCUGUGUUAUUUAAGUAUUCUUUAGAUGAAGUUAGUAGCGCUAGACGAACAGCAAUAGUUAGAGGUUUCAUCGACGCACUGACACGUGGAGGACCAGGUGGAACUCCUAGACCUAUAGAAAUGCAUUCUCAUGACCCUCAAAGAUAUAUAGGCGAUAUGUUAGCCUGGUUGCAUCAAGGUGUUGCAUCUGAAAAAGAAUUACUUCAAAGUCUACUUAAGAAAGUACUGGCUACUGAUACUGCUGCCCUUGUUAAGGAAGUGUUGACGCAUGUAACUGAAGGUGUUUGUAGACCAUUAAAAGUACGAAUUGAGCAAGUGCUCAUGUCUGAGCCGGGGCCCAAAGUUAUGUUUAAAUUAAAUAACAUUAUCAAAUUUUAUUGUAGUAUUUUAAGGGCUACCUUGACGAACGACAGCCCAUUAGUUAAUUGUUUAGGAGAGAUGGAUAAUCUAAGUAUGAAAAUGUUCUAUGCAUCUCUCAAUAGUCAUUCAGCGAAAUUGCUAGAUAAGGUGGAAUUACCUCCACCAAAUUUAGGGCCAACGGAAACUCUUAUUCAGGGUUUGGUUUUGCUUAGAGAAUUACUAGCUUCGUAUGAUGCUCCCGUGGCAGAGUUAGAAGAUCGACAAAUUGAUUUAAAAAAAAUUCUUUCAUGCAUCGUCGAUCCAUUACUUCAAAUGUGUACGGUAUCAGCCGCAAGUUUAAGCGCUGCAGAUAUGGCCUGUUAUAUGAUAAAUUGUAUAUAUUGUAUCCACUCCACUUUAGCUCUAUACGAAUUUACUGACGAUCAUUUGGAAAAGCUUAAAGCUCAGAUUGAUGCUCACAUGGAUACAUUGGUAUCGGAACAAGCAGGGUAUAUUUUAGCUCAGUCUGGAUUAGGCUUUAUUUAUUCUACUCUGCAAGAACAACAAAACAACAAGAUUCCUUUAUCAUCGGUUCACGGCAUGGAUGCAAAAUCCGUAAAAUCUGCUUUAGUAAAAUUUGACAGUUAUUUAUCGUCGCAUGACGCUUUGCUUAUGCCGCAUUGCGCAUUAUUAUUGAGUACCAAAAUACGUGAACGAGUACAAAAGCAAUCCGUUGAAUUAGUUUGCAAUGCAUAUGAAUCGCUUUAUAAAGCCGUGUACAAUCCUUUCAAUGAAUAUAAGGAACCGUCGUCUGUCAUAAUUCAUACCUCAGAACAGGUCAAGAAGUUAUUAACAUAG